AUGAGCUCAUAUUUUGUUAACCCUCUUUUCUCCAAAUACAAAGGCUGUGAAUCGCUGGAGCCAACUUACUACGACUGCAGGUUCCCACAAAGCGUUGCCCGUAGCCACACGCUGGUCUACGGACCCGGGGCAGCUGCAUCGGGCUUUCAACAGCCGUCCCAUCAUGUCCAGGAUUUUUUCCACCCUGGGACCACGGGGAUCUCCAACCCUGCAUACCAACAGAACCCCUGCGCGCUGGCUUGCCAUGGAGACGCAACGAAAUUUUAUGGAUAUGAAGCUCUUCCGAGACAACCGCUUUAUGGUACCCAGCAAGAGGCAAGCCUCGCGCAAUACCCAGACUGUAAAUCGUCUAACGGCUCUAACCCCGGAGAAGGACAAGGCCAUUUAAAUCAGAACUCGUCUCCCACUCUUAUGUUUCCUUGGAUGAGACCCCACGGUUAGAAUUAUUUUGUGUUCUUUUUUUCCUUAGCUAUAAAUGUGUGUAUUUAUGUGUGUGUGUGUGUGUGUGUGUGUGUGUGUGUGUGUGUGUGUGUGUGUGUGUGUGUGUGUGUGUAACCUACGUGCCUAAAAGCAAAAUAUGUAAUAAGGAAUGGAGGAUGUAUCUAUUUAUUUAUUACAUUUUUGUGCAACAAAUAUACAUUUCACCCAAAGUUAAUGGAUUAGGCCUAUCUAUAGCUCUCCCAAGUAUACACAACAUUAGUACUGUAAUCUCAUAAGGUAUAACAUAAACAUAUAACCUUCUUACAAACAACCGAGUUCUCAUGUAAUAAUCCCCAAAUAAUUAAAAACCAAUGCUGGCCAACUUGAGGGAGGUUUUGGUGAUAAAGAUUUUGUUUUGCUGGAGAAAAUCUGAAAUGACCAAAAAAAAAAGACAUCCAGUUUAAACAAUGGUUAUUUGAAGUACCUGAAGUACAACUAAGUACAUCCUAAAUAAAACAGAAACCUUCUAACCAGAAUGCCCAACAAUUUUAUGGCCAAUAUGACCAAAUUAUUAAAGUAACAAUAAACGUCUUUUAAAACAAAUAUUAGGUACUUUGUAAUGCUUCUAACAUUACUAUUCUACGUGAUAUUCAUCCCGUUCACAUUUCCUUACCCUAAACCAAGCUAAUGGGCUAGUGGGAGUUAUAGAGUUUAGAAUGAAACCUUAUGGACUAUAUCGUUUAGAUUGUUUUAAUGUGAUCUUAGAUAAAUGUUUUAGGCCUAAAUAUACUUCCCUCCACAAUCUGCAGAAGAACGUGUAUCCAUUGUGUGUGUGAGGUGUGUGUGUGUGUGUGUGUGUGCGUGAGUGCGCGCGCGUGUGUGUGUGUGUGCACGCAGUUACCUGUUACAUCAUUGAAAAAGUAAAUGUUAGGUUGUACUUUCUAGCUCAUGCAAAUUUCAAUGGAAAGUAGCUCAAAGCUUAACGGAUUCCAAAUACAAACCAUCAUAGCUAUUAUUGUAUGCCCCUUUAUCUUACUGCACGAAGAGUAUCUCAUUUAUUCUACAAAGUAAUCGCCCUAUUUCUAGGCAUAGUAAGAAUAUGUUAAAACAAAUAUAUAAGACAUAAGCUAACCUUAUUUACUAUUUCAUUUAAGCACCAGGGAGGCGAAAUGGAAGGCAAACCUACAGUCGCUACCAAACUCUGGAACUGGAGAAGGAGUUUCUCUUCAACCCUUACCUUACACGCAAGCGGCGGAUCGAGGUGUCCCAUGCCCUGAGUCUCACCGAGAGGCAGGUCAAGAUAUGGUUUCAAAACCGGCGAAUGAAGUGGAAAAAAGAAAACAACAAAGACAAGUUUCCGGGUCAAAGAGGGGAGGCGGAUGCUGAUGCCGAGGCUGAGGCGGAUGCUGAUGCCGAGGCUGAGGUGGAGGAGGAGGGCAACGAGGACGGUGACGGGGAAGAGGGGGAAGAGAAAGAAGCGGAAGAGAAAGAGAAAGAGUAG